AUGGUUCGAAUUGCUUGGGAAAAGGUAGGUAAAGAAAGACUGCGAGACAUCCUUAAUAGAGUUAGGAGCGAAUUGUUGCGUAAGCACAAGAAGAAAAAUGUUGCUUAUCUAUACAAUUUAGGACCAGAUUGGAUGGAGACAGAGAUAUGGAAUGAACUUGUUGCAUAUUGGAGUACACCAGAGUGUAGAAAGAAAUCAGAAGCUGGUAAAGCCAAUAGAAAUGUAGAAAAAGAUGGGAUUAUUACGAAACACUCUGGUGGUUCAAUAAAACUGGAGGUUCAUGAGAAUAAAUUGGCAAAGAAGUUGGGUAGGCAACUAACUCAACUUGAACUAUUUCGUGCAACUCACACAAAAAAGGGGAGUCAAUGUGAAGCUUAUUUGAGUGCUAUUGCUGAAAAUGUGAAUGACAAGUGUGAGAGUCAGUCUGCUUUUGAUUUGAAUAAGUGGAUUGAAAUUUCUGGAAGUAGUAAAGGAAGAGUUUAUGGUUUUGGAUCUUCUGAUAUUGCAAAAUCAGGAACUCCAACUACCUCCUUCUCAUGCACAUCAGCUCAUCCUGGAGGACCUUCUCAAACUAUGUUUUCGUUAGAGGAGGUUGAACAAAUAUUAGAGCAAAACCGGAUCAAAAUGAAAUAA